ACGUUGAAUAUUUUUAACUACGUCAUGCAUUAGCCUGUUUAAAUUUUCGUUCCUACUAUAAAUAUCGAUAUGCACUAUUUUACCACAGAGUAGGGAUGCAACAUCCCUAUUUUUUGCCUAAGCUAUCUUCACACCAUGUUAUUCAAUUUAUAAAGCUAAAUUCACGCUACAGUUUCAACGCUAUAAAUAAGUAUAUUGGCAACACUGUAUCCCUGACACCUGGUGCCUAAUGAUUCUUGUGUUUAUGAUUUGUAAAUAAAUAAUGUUGUUUAAUUGGUAACAACAGUAAAAGAAUUGAAAUUAUGUGUUACAAAUUAUUCUUUUGACAAUAUUUUUUGUUGAUAUUAUAAUCGAAAUGUAAAUUACAUUAUUUAACUGACGAAUUUGCAGAAAGACAAAUUGACUACGUUUAAAUAAGUGUUUGUAAAUAUGACAACAUUGAAAGGCAUUUUCCCUGAUUUAAAACCAGUAAGACGGAAAAAUUUUAUACAUGAAAAUGUAAAAAAUCUUCAUCGUAUGAAAAAAUGCAUAGAUACAAAUAUAGAAGAGCCACAGAAAUUACAUAGUAGAAAAAAGAUUAAUAAUAAUAAUCAUUCCCAUAAUUGUAAUUAUACUGAAGAUAUUUUAUCAAAAGUAAAUACAAAUUUGCAAGUAAAGAAACAAGAAAGCAUUCAUACAAAAGGUGCCAUAAAUCAUAAAUUAAAUCAGCAACGAGAAUUUUGUAAAAGGACUAGUGCCCCAGUAUUAAAGGAAAAUACUGCUUGUACAAAGAAAACCAUGCAUUUAACUAAUAACAAUAUGACAAUUAAUCAAAAGAAAGAAGGGCACAAACAAUCACAAAGAUCUGCAAAAAGAUUGCAUGGGAAAGUUUUGUCAGAUUCUACGUUAUCAUACAUAUCACCCAGAGAAAUAGAUAAAAAUGUUAAAAAUCAAAUUGAAGUUAAAAGCCAAGGUAUUCAAACAUUGAAUACAACAGAAAUUGAUCACUUAUAUUCUGAAGGGAUUAUAAAAUAUCCUUCCAAAAAAAAUUUUAAUGAGUCGCUAAACAAGAACAAAAGAAAUCAAGAAAUUGAUAAAUCUUCAAGUGAUGCAGUAAAUUUAGCUGCUGAACAGGGAGAUACACAGAUUGUAGAAAAAACCCUGGAAGACAAAAAUGAUUCAAAAAAUCUUAAAGCUUUUUCUUCCAAAGAAGAAACAGAUUUUAUUAAAUUAAACAGAGAACAUUGUUCUACUACUAAUAAAGUAGCUACACCGAUUAAAAAUACUAACAGUCACAACAACUGCAAAUAUAAUAAUAGUAACACUAAUACUCCUAUUGCUAAUCAUCGUAUGGGUGUAGUUCCAAAGUACAUUAAAGAAAGAAAGGAAACUCUAGAAAAAAUACAGAAAGCUAAAACGGAAGAAUUGGAUGCCAAUUGCCCAGAUGGUCAUGUCCUUUUGCCUGACCACGAACGCAAGGAAACAUUACGUGUAUUACGAAAAAAUUAUCAAGAUUACGUAAACGAAUUAAAUAUGAUGCCAAUAAAAGUAGACACACUGAGAGCACAGCGACGAAAAAUAGAAAUAGAAAAACAACUGAACAAAUUAGAAGAGGGAAUAAAGGUCUUUUCAAGACCUAAGGUUUAUGUAAAAAUGAAUGAAUAAAUGGUUAUUUUGUUGCACAAAAUA